AUGGCUGAACAAGUAGAGAGGGCAUUUCUGAAGCAACCAACAAUCAACCUAAAUAACAAGGCUCGCAUAUUGGCCGGCAACAAAAAGGUUCCUCGAUAUGUUCGCAAUAUUGGACUUGGUUUCAAGACGCCCUUAGAGGCUAGCCAGGGAACCUACAUCGAUAAGAAAUGUCCCUGGACUGGUAACUGCGCGAUCCGUGGAAAUAUAUUGACUGGUGUAGUCUUGAAGAACAAGAUGACAAGGACAAUCGUUGUUCGUCGUGACUAUCUUCAUUUUGUCAAGAAGUACCGCCGUUUCGAAAAACGACACAAGAACGUUCCAGCUCACUGCUCACCAGCAUUCCGAGAUAUAGCCCCUGGAGAUUUGGUCACUAUCGGUGAGUGCCGUCCGCUCUCGAAAACUGUGCGGUUCAAUGUCUUGAAAGUUAACAAAGCCGGAUCUACGAAGAAAGGAUUUGCCAAGUUCUAA